CUGUCAAUUCCUUCAGCCCUAUAUAUAUAUUGACCUGACCACAAAACGCUUGCAACACACAUUGCAUGGCUAACAAACAUCUAACAUAAUACGGAACACUACAUGCAUGCAUUCUAUACAUGGCCCUCACUGUUUCUGGGGGGGACACCUGUGUUGGGUGAGUGCAUUGUACUGAAGUUCAUAGACAAGUUAUCUUGUUUGGUGCCCUUACUCGGCAUUAAACUAUUAAUUGUUUUGACACUCUAUCUCUCUAUAGCUGACCCCUCCCCACAACCCCCUGGCAGACUCGUCUGGUGGACCUCGGAUACCAACUCUCAGCAUCUGCCACAUCGAUUUCCCCCCAAAUCUCACCUCCUCAACGUCGUCUAGCUCUGCUGCAACACACCAGGCCCAUGGCAUCUAAAUGCAGCUGCAAGUACACGACUGGAUCGUGCAACAGCUGUGUGUGUGUGCCCAGGAAGGUAGAACCGGCAGCAACUGCAUCAGAGCUACAGGUGCACAAAUAAGACUACAUCCAUUUAUUUAGGAGGCCUGCAGAGCUAACUGUCUUCAGAUUGAUGGAUUUCAGAUAGAGUUGACACCUUUGAUUCCAACCCCACCAGGUGCAGCCUCUUCGUCAGCCACCCCAGAAACCACGGCAUCCAGAGAAAUUUAUUUGGGAGGCCUCCCUGCGCGUACCACCAAAGGGGAUAUCAGGGAACCCUCCGUUGUUUUGGCGGCACCAGCGUGAGUCAUUAUUAAGGGUGGUGGUUCGACAACUUAACUUAUGCUAUACUUCUCUCUUGUACAGAGUCUGGUCUUACCAGGAGGGAGAAAAGGAAGGGGGCACACUUCCGCUCAUAAUCGCUAUAAAAGAGCGGGCAGUGCUGGUGCUGAACAAUCAGCAACUAAAACAGAGUGGACUCGACUAUCUUCAACUGCCUCACCUAACAUCAGAAAACUGAUAUAUACACCUCACAUCAGCAUGGUAUGCUGCAGAUGUAAAAAAGGACUAUGUAGCGGGUGUGUGUGUGCCCAGGGGGGCACACCCUGUACAAAUUGUUGCAGCACAAGAUGCUCAAACCAGGCUAGUUCUUCCACCCAGUGUGCCGCACUACUCCCGAACCCACCAGCCCUAGCUAGGGGCCUGACCCUACGGUUGAAGCGUUGCGUUCCCGCUAGUCAGCUAGUGCCCCCUCCACCUAAGAGGAAAUGUUCAAGAAAUUUACUUGAGAGGCCUCCCUCCCCGCACCACGAAGGGGGACAUAAGAAUUGCCCUCCAUUGUUUUGGAGGAACCAGCUCGGUGGACAUCCCAUGGGCGAAGGGAAGGGAGGAACGCCUUCAUUCUCUACCCCACCUCCUGAGCAGCCACAAACAUCCCUGCAGGUUCAUCUGGUCCAUCAGCAGAAACCAUCCCAAAAAAUGCAUUUGGGCGGCCUUUAUCCAGGCAUGACUAUAUAGGAGAGGUUAAGGAGGCCCUCCUAAUCCUCCCUUGUUUCGGGGAAAGCAUUUGAAGAACUCCAAGACAAACACAAAGACAGCUGGUUUCACGCCCGAGGAGAGACAGGACUUCACAGAGCUACUGGAGGAGAGUUUCGUGGACACCUUCCGUCACCUGUAUCCCGACCUCGCUGGAGCGUACACUUACCAGUUCAACGCCAGAGCCAAGAACACUGGCUGGACACUUCUAAUUACCCCGGACUCUCUUUUGGGCAAUUUUCGUUGUUCUAAUACAACGGACACUCCAGUGCUUUAAUAUUACAUUUGUUCUAAAUAUCCGGACAAUACUUUGAAAAGUUGAGUUACAUUCACAGACGGCAAGUAAGACUUAGAGUGCUGCAGUUAGAUAGCUAGUUUUAGAUAGCUAGUGCAACUAUUCAAUCGCACAGUGUUCUAUUAAACUUAGCUAUCUCGCAUGCAGCUGCUUGCUUGUUCUAAUUAUUCCGGACACUUCACAUGCUCUAUAAAAAUCUGUUCCAAUUAUACCCGGACAAUUUCCAAAAUAAUUAUUUUUUGCUGUCCGAUAAAUAAGGUAUGUAGGAGGUGGGCUUUUUAUAUCGUAGAUGGUUAAGAGUGGCCAUUAAGUACAUUACUGUUUAAUAUGAUCACAUUUCUUUUUCUUCAGGAGACUGGAUUAUUUCGUGGUGUCUGAGCGGCUCCUCCCUCAUGUAACUGAUGUGGUGAUUCGUAAGGAGGUGUUUGGGAGCGACCGUUGCCCAUUGGUGAUUGGAUUGACAGACCACACCCACAAGAGAAUGACGAACCCUGAAUUGAUUGGCUAUCACUAGCUGCAUUUAGCCAUUAUACAACUAUCUAACAUAGAAUGCAAACAAAUAACAGUUAAUGUGAGCACUUUUACUUUAUGUUCUGGUGAUGACUACGU